UAUGUGCUCAUUUUUCAAAACAAGGGGAAGAAAAGAUAUGAAGAAAAGCAAGUUCUUCACAAGUCUAGCAGUUCUAAUACUUCUGUUGUCAUUUGCAAAUGCAACCAUGUCAGGGCCCAAACGGCCUAAAGCUAGCAAGCACUUCGUGCUAGUUCAUGGGGCUGGCCUUGGAGCCUGGUCCUGGUACAAGAUUGUGGCAUUAAUGAGAUCUUCAGGACAUAAUGUAACAGCUCUUGACUUGGGUGCUUCAGGGAUCAACCCUAAGCAGGUCCUUGAAGUCCGAAAUUUGUCCAGUUACUUUAGUCCGCUAAUGGAGUUCAUGAUUUCUCUUCCAGAAGAUGAAAAAGUGGUUCUUGUUGGCCAUAGCCUUGGUGGAUUUUCCAUUUCUAAAGCCAUGGAAAGCUUUCCAGGAAAGAUUUCAGUUGCUGUAUUUGUAGCUGCUCUAAUGCCUGGUCAAAUUCUCGAUGCAGCCACCAUCUAUAAUGAGGCAUCCAGGGGAUCAACAUCUCAACUUGAUAAUCAUCUUACAUACGAUAAUGGACCUACCAAUCCUCCAACCUCCAUCAGAUUAGGUCCAAAGUACUUGGCAACUGAUGUCUACCAGACGAGUCCAAUUCAAGAUUGGGCACUGGCCACUACAGUAGUAAGGCCAUUUUAUUUAUACAGUUCGGACGAAAUAACAAAGGAGAUAGUACUUUCAAGGAAAAACUACGGAUCAGUUAGGCGAACGUACAUUGUGGCGCCUGAAGAUAAAGUUCUACCGAAGGAAUUUCAACUGAGGAUGAUUGAAAAGAAUCCACCAGAUGAAGUUGAAGAGAUCCAGGGCUCUGAUCACAUGCCCAUGUCGUCUAAGCCUCUUCAACUUUUUACUCAUCUAAUGCGUAUUGCCAACAAAUGAUCAGCUAUUUUGGUUAACUUAACCCAGCUUGAGAUUAUGUAUCCAUGAAUAAUGCAUAACUGAAAUAAAAUUAUAUUACCCUUCUUCA